AUGCCCCGCAACAUCCCCGAGGCCGAUCCCGAUGAGCCUUUAGAGACCAAGCCCUUCAAGUUCGUGACUGGCUAUGAUGCCCGUUUCCCUCAACAGAACCAGACCAAGCACUGCUGGCAGAACUACGUUGACUACCACAAGUGUGUCAAUGCCAAGGGCGAAGACUUCCGCCCAUGUCGUCAGUUCUACUACGCCUUCCGUUCUCUCUGCCCUAAGGCCUGGACUGACCGGUGGGAUACUCAGCGCGAGUCUGGAAACUUCCCUGCCAAAUUGGAUUAG